AUGACUAUUGGCCCUCUCUUUAGUCCACUCAGAAAUCGAGAACCUGUGGCAGACCUCCUCGGGAACACUCAGAAAUCGAGAACCUUGCCGGACCCGGACUACUACACCCUGAGCUGGGUGGUGAGGAACACUUCUUCGAUCUCCAUGUUCAGGAUCUACCACCAGGGGGUGCUCCACUACACCACCCUGCUCACCAGCCACACGGUGGCCAGCCUUCUGCCCUGCAGCAAGUACUUGGCUAGAGUAGAGGCGCUGUGUGGAGACAGCGUGGUCAUGAGCUCCAAGACCGUACUCGCUCGCACAGGACCCAGAGGUGUUUCAGAACUGCGCUACCGUCCUGAGGACUCUACAGCGCUGUGGAUUGGUGGGACCAGACAGGGCGUGGCCUUUCAGUACCAGUUGUCUUAUGACAAUGGCUCGACCAUCCAGCAAGGCCGGCUGAUGGAGCCUUUGCUCCCCCUCCUGGGGCUCAUUGAAGGUGCGCGCUAUGCCCUGGACGUGUGGGAAGAGUGUGACGGCGAGUGGAGCGCUGACCCGGCCCUGGUGUGUUUUGAUGGAGUCAACGUUUCCGUCAAUUCCCUCGUGCUGCCGGUGGCGUCCACCCUGAGGCCGAAUGAAGACCAAGUUCUAGCCUUUAUUGUGCCUUGGUUAAUGGUGUUGGACCCAAAGACUGAGCCCUGGGCUGAGCUGAAGCGCAUCUAUGAAAAACUACUGGAGGAGCUUUUGAAAGAGUACCCAGUUAAGACCAGGGUGGAGUUGGUUGCAUUCAAGGAGCUGGAAGGCAAAUCCAAAACUAAGAUUACCUUUCAAGGCUUUGAUGCUUCCAUAACCGACGUAGACUUACCGCUACCACCUGGCGAGCAGCUGGACCAUAUCCAGUCCCUCCAGCCGCCCAAUAUCACAGUCAAGGACGGGAUCAUCUACUGGGAUGACCCAGAUGAGUGUGCAACGCCUGAACUGAACAGGUGUGACGCCAACUCUUUGUGCGUCAACACUCUGAACUCCUAUACCUGUGUGUGUCAACAUGGCUUCUAUGACGUCGGGCCCGCCUUCGUUCCCCCUCCUACCCCUGCCUCACAUCCUGUCUGUUAUGAAAAAGGGAUGUUCACCCAGUGCCUGACGAGAUCGAUGGCCGGAGGUAUUGCCAAAGCCUUCCUGAUUGGCUACUUUGGUGGCGAUGUGACGGUUGUCUUGAAUGAAGGCCGUUGUACCAUGGAGGAGAGCAAGACGCUCUACCACUUCCACGUGUUGCGCAAACCCUCGCAGUGUGGAACGAUACGGCUGGUGAACAGAACACACAUCGAGUUCCGGAACACUCUGACAGUGACCUUGAGCAGAGAGCGGACCAUCACACGAAGAGAUCUCAAGGUUAUCUGGAAGUGCAUCUACCCCCGGAACUAUGUCCGCAACAACCAGAUAAACGUAGAUCUGGAGUGGAUCACCUCCCACUCUGUGGUGGAGUACAACUCCUCCCAUCAGCUGGGGCUGGCCAUGACCAUGUACAGCGACAACUCCUUCUCCUACGGCUACAGAGACUCCAUCGCCCUCCACCUCAGCGAUGUACUCUUCUUCGAGGUGGCCCUCCUGACAAACAACACGUUCGCCUCGGAGGUCCUGCUAGAAGUGAUUUCCUGCUGGGCCACAGAGAGCCCGGAUCCACAGGACGAAACCAAGGGCUUCUUUCUCCUAGAUGGCUGCCCUGUUGACAGCACCUUUCAUUGGCUCUCUGUGAACGGUGUGUCACAGAGGAGCAGAUUCUCCAUUCACAUGUUCACUAUGCCCAAGGAGUUACCCAUCUACAUGCACUGCCUGGCCCGGAUAUGCAGUCACGAUGAGGACUGUACUACGAACUGUACCACCAAGAGACUUUCAAAGAGAUCAACAGCUAGAUGGGAUCCAUACAUCAAUGUAGCUGUGGUCGUGUCUGCAGGACCACUGAUGGUCACCCCCGAGGCGGCACCAGGGACCAAACUCUCCAACUGGGAUGAGGCUUUGACAAUGAUCUACGUCGUGGGAGGAACCAUGGGUGUCUUGAUGUUGACGAUGCUUGGUGUGAGCGCAACAAAGGCUAUAAUGAAUUAUUAUGAGGGAGUAAGGCCUCAAUAAAAACAUGGAACCACA